AUGUCCCAGGUGAAGCAGGUUGGGUUGCUGGCGGCAGGCUGUCAGCCCUGGAACAAAGACGUGUGCGUCGCCAGCGGAGACAGAUUUGCCUACUGUGCAACACUCGCCAUUUACAUCUACCAACUUGACCACAGAUAUAAUGAAUUCAAGCUACGAGCCAUCAUGUCCGAGCACAAGAAGACCAUCACAGCCAUUUCCUGGUGUCCGCACAACCCGGAGGUGUUUGCGAGUGCCAGUGCAGAUAACCUUCUCAUCAUCUGGAAUGUGGCCGAGCAGAAGGCUGUGGCCCGGCUAGAUAACACCAAAGGUGUUCCCGCAUCUCUGAGCUGGUGCUGGAACGCGAGUGACAGCGUGGCGUUUGUUUCUCACCGAGGCCCCCUGUACAUCUGGGCCAUCUCAGGGCCAGACUCGGGCGUCACCGUCCACAAGGACGCCCACAGUUUCCUCUCCGACAUCUGCCUCUUUCGCUGGCAUCCUGUGAAGAAGGGCAAGGUGGUGUUUGGCCACACGGACGGGAGCCUCUCCAUAUUUCAGCCAGCUUCCAAAAACCAGAAGCAUGUAUUGCGUCCCGAGUCCCUGGAGGGGACGGAUGAGGAGGACCCGGUGACGGCGCUGGAGUGGGACCCGCUCUCCACCGACUACCUGCUGGUGGCCAACCUGCACAACGGCAUCCGGCUGGUGGACUCGGAGUCGCUGUGCUGCAUCACCUCCUUCAGCUUCCCCAGCUCGGCCGCCUCCGUGCAGUGUCUGGCCUGGGUGCCCAGCGCCCCCGGCAUGUUCAUCACGGGGGACUCCCAAGUUGGUGUUUUGAGGAUAUGGAAUGUCUCACGGACAACUCCCUUAGACAACUUCAAGUUAAAGAAAACCGGUUUCCAUGCACUGCAUGUGCUAAACUCCCCUCCACCUAAGAAAACAAUCAACGCAAUAUCACCAACAAAGAACCAUUACACAUCCUCUACCAGUGAAGCAGUGCCUCCCCCCACCCUCUCCCAGAACCAGGCCUUCUCUCUACCCCCCGGACACGCGGUCUGCUGCUUCAUGGAUGGAGGAGUGGGGCUCUAUGACAUGGGGGCCAAGAAGUGGGAUUUCUUGCGCGAUCUGGGUCACGUGGAAACAAUAUUUGACUGCAAGUUCAAGCCAGACGACCCCAACCUUCUGGCUACAGCAUCGUUUGAUGGGACGAUCAAAGUCUGGGACAUAAACACCCUCACCGCUGUUUACACGUCACCAGGCAACGAGGGAGUCGUCUAUUCCCUGUCUUGGGCACCUGGAGAUCUCAAUUGUAUCGCUGGUGCAACCUCAAGAAAUGGAGCUUUCAUUUGGGACGUGAAAAAAGGGAAAAUGAUUACAAGAUUUAAUGAGCAUGGGAAAAAUGGUAUAUUUUGUAUAGCUUGGAGCCACAAAGACUCCAAAAGGAUAGCAACCUGUAGUGGGGAUGGGUUUUGUAUAAUUCGCACCAUUGAUGGGAAAGUCUUGCACAAAUAUAAACAUCCCGCUGCAGUAUUUGGCUGCGACUGGAGUCAAAAUAACAAAGACAUGAUCGCCACGGGCUGCGAGGACAAGAACGUGCGCGUGUACUACCUGGCCACCAGCUCCGACCAGCCUCUGAAAGUCUUCGCGGGGCACACGGCCAAGGUGUUCCACGUGCGCUGGUCCCCGCUGAGGGAGGGCAUCCUCUGCAGCGGCUCCGAUGACGGGACGGUGCGUAUAUGGGACUACACGCAGGACGCCUGCAUCAAUGUGCUGAGCGGGCACACGGCACCUGUGCGGGGUCUCAUGUGGAACCCCGAGGUGCCCUACCUGCUGACCUCGGGCAGCUGGGACUACACCAUACGAGUGUGGGACACCAGAGACGGGACCUGCCUCGACACUGUGUUUGACCACGGGGCUGACGUCUAUGGCCUUACCUGCCACCCAAGUCGGCCGUUCACCAUGGCCUCCUGCUCCAGAGACUCCACAGUCCGUCUGUGGUCUCUCACGCCCCUCAUUACCCCUCUCCUGGUAAACAUACUUACUGAGCACAGCUGGGAUGGCAUCAUUGGGAACACAGAUCGUGCCAUGGUGCCUGAAGCAUCCCCACUCCUGUGUGGGAAGGUGUCCAGGGACAUCAAGCAGGAUCUCGAUAAACUCACUGGUGACCUACGCACCAAGAAGCUGAGGUGGUUCUCAGAAUGUUUUUCUCCUCCAGGCGGCAGCCACAACCUGUGGAACCUGGUGGCGGUGCUGAAUGGGCAGGAUGACAGCCUGCUGCCCCAGAGCUACGGGCAGGGCAUCAUCCACAUCAAGCACCUCACACGCUUCAAAACCUCGGAGGCCCAAGAGCUGACCAUUGUGAAGAUGAGUAAGUUCGGAGGCGGCAUCGGGGCCCCGAGCAAGGAGGAGCGGCUGAAGGGUGCUGCUGAGAUCCACCUGAGGCUGGGCCAGAUCCAGAGAUACUGUGAACUCAUGGUGGAACUGGGAGAGUGGGACAAAGCAUUAUCAGUUGCACCUGGUGUGUCAAUGAAGUACUGGAAAAAACUUAUGCAAAGACGAGCAGACCAACUGAUGCAAGAAGGCAAUGACGAUGUGAUACCCUACUGCGUUGCCACGGGUGACGUGAAGAAGCUGGUCCAUUUCUUCAUGAGCAGAGGCCAGCUGAAAGAGGCCUUACUAGUUGCACAGGGUGCUUGUGAGGGGAAUAUCCAUGUGCCUCAAGCCUCCUCAGCGCACAACAAUGCAAGCACAGACAAUGACGAGACAGAGGCGUAUAAUGGACUUCUACACUGUGUGUGUAGAGAGUUGGCAGAGUGGUAUUUCCAGGAUGGGCGAGCAGCUCUGGCAGCCUGCUGUCAUCUGGCUGUGGACAACACAGAGUCUGCGAUGGCUACUCUGAUCCGUGGUAAUGAGCUGGAGCUGGCGGUGUACGUUGGGACAGUGCUGGGCCAAGUGGCAGCAGAGGCCACACACUACGUUCUAGAACUUCUGGCCAGGAAGUACAUGACCGCCGCGCCAUGGGACUUGGCGUGCCAAUUGCUGCAGAUGAUCCCCGACAACGAAAUAUUGGUGGCCAAGCUGUGUGCCUUCUACCCUGGCAGCAGUGCAGAGAUUGACGAGCUCCAUGAAAAAUGUGGCCUGCCCAGCUUGGAGGAGUGCAGAGACAAGGCACAGUCUGCCGAGAGUGACGGGGACAUAUUCAGCGCUGUGAAGUACCAUUUGUUGAGCCCGGAGCCAGAGAAGGCCUUACCUAUUGGAAUCAACUUUGUGAAAGAACAGCUGGCGGGUUCAGAGUGGACAGUGGACUGUGUAUCCCCUGUGCUAGAUCUACUGGGCUACAUCCGAACAGACACACUCCUCCUUCAAAAAUGUAGCGAGAAUCGCAACGAGUUGCUUAUUUUGUGUGGCUACAUUGGCGGAUUACUUGCCAUCUCCAGACAGUAUUUCAGCAUUGUUCCAGCACUUUAUGAGUAUACAAGUCAGUUGUUGAAGAGAAGAGAGGUUGCAGUGCCCUUACAGAUAGACCAACUCUCAGUAGAACUGGACGCUUGGAGGGCCAGUACACAAAAUGUAGUGAAAGGUCCGGAGGAGGCAGCCUACGGGCCCCCAUCUGAAGCCCAGAAGGAGGAGUACGCCCAGCUGCUCAGCAGGAUCACGCAGCACCCCCCCAUGGGCCUGCAGGGGCCCGACUACGUCACCGGCUCCAACCUGCCCAGCCACUCCGACGUCCAGGUCUCCUGCUUCACCGGGGCCAGGAUACAGGGUCCAGUCUUUUUCCUGGAGGACGGGAAGUCUGCCAUUUCUCUGAACGACGCGCUGAUGUGGGCCAAGGUCAACCCCUUCUCCCCGCUAGGGACCGGCGUACGCCUUAACCCCUUCUGA